AUUUAUACUCCUUCCCCAGGAUUGUCUGGUCACUUUUCUUGAGAUUGGCUGGUCCAGAUCAAGCUCCUAUUGUUUCUUGUUAUCGGUCUAUCUACCUACUCUGUACUAACAGCCUUUAAUCGCCCUGCACCACUUGCGACCGUCUCCCGCCUCCCGUCCACCCUUCUCCGUCCUCCGCCCCGGUCAUUGGCAACUUACUCAACUUUACUCAAACACCCCUCUCUCCUCAAGGGUCCUCACCAGUCAACUAUCUUGUCACCACUUUCUUUCUCUUUAUUUCUGCGCUAGAACCCUUCGCAGAAAUAGUAUAUCUUGAAGCCAUACAGCCUGGUGCUAUCUACGACUGCGCUUCUAGCUCGCUGGUUACAGUAGCCGAGGCCACGCUAGCGGGCGAGUAGCGGCGCUGCGGUUCCAGUGGCACAACUUCGGACUGCCGUCGCGUGGGAGAAUUUACCACAGUUCUUCAAAUCAGCAAGAUGGAAAGCACACGGUCUCAGGAGGAGAAAGCCAUAUCCUCACCCCCGGCCUUCACAUCGAUCUUCGGUGGUCACGCUGACUCCGCGGAGGAGAUCGAUGCUGAUGCCGACAAUAGCCAGCUGAAGCCCCACAAUCGCAACAACGUAACAGCAACUUCGGCCAAGCUCGUGGGCAAAAGUGUCGCCCCUUUCCUCGCAAAGCACGUUCCCGACCAAUACGCCCCCCUCGGAUCGCAAAACAGAGAACCUGCCGCUUUGAGCAGCGCAAACUCCCGCUAUUGCUAUCGACAUCGCCCAGACCGUAAGUGUCGCCGGCAGGCCGACGAACCGACAAUGGACAAAUUGCAACGGGAAUUGGAGUCGCUCCCUCAGAGUGAUCAGCAGGGCAUUGCGCAUGUCUGGUCGCUCUUCUCAGCCGCCCCAGCCAAGCACCGAAAACUCAUACUCCAGGGAAUCAUGGCUCAAUGCUGCUUCCCUCAACUCUCGUUCAUUUCCACCACCGUCCGUGACCUCAUCCGAAUCGACUUCAUUGCCGCUCUUCCUCCGGAGAUCUCUUUCAAAAUCCUGUGCUACCUGGACACCACUUCUCUUUGUAAAGCCGCACAGGUUUCGCGACGUUGGAGGGCGCUGGCCGACGACGAUGUGGUCUGGCAUCGCAUGUGCGAGCAACAUAUUCAUCGCAAGUGCAAGAAAUGUGGCUGGGGACUUCCUCUUCUGGAUCGGAAGAGGCUUCGUGAAUCGAAGCGCGAGAUUGAGCUUCGCGCCACGACCUGGGACGUCAACAGCCCGUCUCCGAAAGAGGCGCCUGCGCUCCUUGAGGGUUCUUCGCCUGUCGCCGACAGCAGCAUUGGUACCAGUACUGGUAAACGAAAGCCUGAGCCAAGCGAGGAAGAGACUGCCGUCGUCAAACGCCAUUGCCAGUCGCUCGCGAUGCGCCCAGAAGGAAGCGAAGAUUAUUUCAAAACCCGGUACAGACCUUGGAAGGAAGUCUACAAGGAUCGUUUCAAGGUGGGCACGAACUGGAAGUACGGACGCUGUUCGAUCAGAAUCUUCAAGGGCCACACAAAUGGCGUGAUGUGCUUGCAAUUCGAGGACAACAUCCUGGCAACCGGAUCUUACGAUGCGACGAUCAAGAUCUGGGAUACCGAAACGGGCCAGGAAAUUCGCACGCUUCGGGGACACGAAUCGGGUAUCCGAUGCCUGCAGUUUGAUGACACGAAGUUAAUCAGCGGUAGUAUGGAUGGCAGCGUCAAGGUCUGGAACUGGCGCACUGGCGAUUGCAUUUCCACGUAUACUGGUCAUCGUGGCGGAGUAAUCGGGCUGCACUUUGACGCUACCAUCCUCGCAUCCGCAUCUGUUGAUAAGACUGUGAAGAUCUGGAAUUUUGAGGACAAGUCAACUUGCCUCUUACGCGGACACACGGACUGGGUCAACGCGGUCCGAGUUGACACAGCCUCUCGCACGGUGUUCUCGGCGUCGGACGACUGCACGGUUCGGCUUUGGGAUUUGGAUACCAAGUCCUGCAUCCGGACGUUCCAUGGCCAUGUGGGACAAGUUCAACAGGUUGUCCCUCUUCCCCGGGAAUUCGAAUUCGAAGAGCAUGAUGUGGAAUGUGAGAACGACAACCUCAGCACUGUCUCCGGUGACACCGAGCCGGCAUCUCUUCAGGCCACCCUUGGCCUCGAGUCGAAUGCAGUUAUCUCGCAGAAUUCACCAUUUGGCCCUUCCUUUGAGUCUGGUCGGACAGCGCCGCCCCGCUACAUUGUUACUAGCGCUUUGGACUCGACAAUCCGUCUGUGGGAGACCAGCACCGGCCGGUGCCUGCGUACGUUCUUCGGCCAUUUGGAGGGUGUCUGGGCUUUGGCAGCGGAUACCCUGCGUAUUGUGUCUGGGGCUGAGGACCGGAUGAUCAAGAUCUGGGAUCCGCGAACCGGAAAGUGCGAGCGCACGUUCACCGGCCACUCUGGCCCUGUCACCUGCAUUGGUCUUGGUGACAGUCGGUUUGCUACUGGAAGCGAGGAUUGCGAAGUGCGCAUGUACAGCUUCCAGAGCUGAUCUUGGCUUUUUUUUCUAUAUUCAUGUUGUUUCUGCUGGCCUUCGGCGCUGGCUUACUUAACGUUCUUCUGACGAUCAAUACCCUUUAUUAGCGCAAUUUUUUUUUUUUUUUUUAAUUGGAUGGGUUUGGCUGGUAGAGGGAUGGUGCAUUUUUUUCAAGGACUUAUCAUGGGGUGCCGGGCGUUGUGACUUCAUACUGUGUACU